GCAGGCGCGCUCCGGUGGGAGGGGCUUCGUCCCGUCUGUCAGUUUCCUCAAACAGCGGAGCUCUUCAGUCUGGAGCCUGCGGGACAGAAACACCACGGACCGGAGGAGCGGGAGGCGGACAGACAGAGAGAAUCUUUGGAGGAUCUGCGGCUAACCGACCCGUUUCUUUGCCUCUGUGGUCCAAUCUGAAGACUUGUUUUUGCAGCCUUCUCCUCCAAGGGAGUCAUGGCGAGCUGAUGCCAGCGGAGCGGCGGCUGAUGGUGGAGCUAUGUGUUAAAGAUCGUCUCUUCAGUCCUCCUUGAAUCAAACUCAAACUCCUCAUCAGCUGUUAGAGAAACUGGUUUUUGGCGAUGGGGAGGAAGAAGAUCCAGAUCACGCGGAUUGUGGACGAGAGGAACCGACAGGUGACCUUCAUGAAGAGGAAGUUUGGUCUGAUGAAGAAGGCCUACGAGCUGAGCGUGCUGUGCGACUGCGAAAUCGCCCUCAUCAUCUUCAACGGCUCCAACAAGCUGUUCCAGUACGCCAGCACCGACAUGGACAAGGUCCUGCUGAAGUACACCGAGUACAACGAGCCGCACGAGAGCCGGACCAACUCUGACAUCGUAGAGGCUCUGAACAAGAAGGAGCACCGCGGCUGCGAAAGCCCCGACGGAGAGGCCUCGUACGUCCUCACCCCCACCACCGAGGAGAAAUACAAGAAGAUCAACGAGGAGUUUGACAACAUGAUGAAGAGUCAUAAAAUUUCGGCGGGUCAGCCUCAGCAGCACUUCAUGCAUGCGGCCCCGGGGAGCACGGCUUACUGUCCAGGAGGAGGAGGAGCCACUUCGCAGGCUCUGGCGGCGGCCACGGCGGUUCUGGCCGACAGCGGGAUCCUGGCGCUGCCUCCACACAGAAACAUGAGCUCCUCACACAGACCUGCCAGCGCUGGAAACACAGGAGGUCUGCAGGAGAAUUCUGAUCUGGUUCUGCCAAACGGAUCCGGAGCAGCUGUCAACGGCUUUGCGGGUUCCGGCGGUGGAGGCGGUCUGGGUAAAAUCGCCGCACCGAAAUCUCCUCCUCCUCCUCCUCCUCCUCCUCCUCAGGGGAACAGUCUGGUUCUCAGCAGCCGCAAAAGCGACCUUCGAGUGGUCAUCCCUCACUCCAAAGCGGCCAUGCUGAACAACCAGAGGCUGAGCAGCAGUCAGUCCGGUCAGUCUCUGACCACGCCGGUGGUCUCCAUCAACACCCCCAGCCUGCCCCCCCACAGCCUGGUCUACUCCGGCAUCGGCUCUGCCUACAGCGGCGAUUACGCUCUGAGCAGCGCCGAGCUGUGCGGCUUCGGCUCCGCCGCCGGCCCCUCCCUGGGCUCCAUGGCGGCGUGGGGGCAGCACCAGCUGAGCUCCUUAGGGUCAGGAAGUUCCAGCUUCCCCAUCAGCACAAACCACAACGUUAACAUCAAAGCGGAGCCCCUCUCCCCGCCCCGCGACCUCCUCAGCCAGCCGGGGUACAUGCCCCUCCCUCACUCCUCCACCUCUACCGCUCAAGCCGAGGUGGGGAGGUCUCCGGCGGACAGCGUCAGCUCCUCCUGCAGCUCCCACGAGGGCGGCAGCGAGCGCGAGGAGCCGCCGCAGAGGCCGGAUUUCCACUCCCUCCCCGAGGGGCGGGCGGAAGGCGGCGGGAGCCCCACCAUGAAGCGAAUGCGUCUGGACAGCUGGGUGACAUAAACCCAGAAGUCACAUGACCUCACGGCAUCAGGACACAGUCUGGCAAAGAUUUAAUGUUUUACUGACUUUAUCAAAACUUUGUUUUAGUCGUUGCUGCAACUUUGUGGCUCCGGCAGCAAGACAAUCAGUUUUUUCAUCGCCAAUAAAGAAGGCGGACUGUAAAGAGCGCCGCUGCCAGUCAUGUGCAGCCUCAACCAGGUGUCAACGCUGACUUUCUCAGGGGUUUUGAAGCCUGAAGGCCACACUCCCUCCACAUCGUCAUUGCUGCGUCUGUUACCCAAUAUUAUUUAUAUCAGCCAAAGCAGUAUGCUGUUUUUAUAACAUGUACAGAUAAAAAUCAGAUCUUAAGCUCAAAGCUUGUACAACAAAAAUGUGUCUUUAUUGUUUCGUACAUAGUAUCCUUAAUAUAUGUAUAUCACACAG